CACAUAUUAUUAAAUAAUUGUUUUAUUUAGUUAAAAAUAUCCCUAUAUAAACUGUGAAGAUCUUCCCCAAAAUAUUCAUUCAAAUAAAUCCCUUUAAUCUUUUAAGCAAGUUUUGAAACAUCCUUAAGGUUUUGAGGGUUCUUAGGCACAAGGGUUUCUCAAAAUGGCCAAUUCUUGGCCAAGUUUGGCCUAUGCCUUGGCAAUAUGCAUGAUUGCCACUGGUGUAGCGGCUUAUGAUUACAAGCCCUACACUUAUGCAUCGCCGCCACCACCACCUUAUGUUUACAAGUCGCCGCCGCCACCUCCACCUAAGUAUUAUUACUCAUCACCCCCACCACCCAAGUACUACUACGAGUCGCCGCCACCACCCAAGUACUACUACGAGUCACCGCCACCGCCACCUAAGUACUAUUAUAAGUCACCACCACCACCAAAAUAUGUCUACAAAUCGCCACCUCCUCCACCCAAGUAUUACUACAAGUCGCCGCCACCACCUAAGUACUAUUACAAGUCACCGCCACCACCAAAAUAUGUCUACAAAUCGCCACCUCCUCCACCAAAGUAUUACUACAAGUCACCACCACCACCAAAAUAUAUUUACAAAUCACCACCACCUCCACCUAAGUACUACUACAAGUCCCCACCACCACCAAAGUAUGUCUACAAAUCACCACCACCUCCACCUAAGUACUACUACAAGUCCCCACCACCACCAAUGUACUACUACAAGUCACCUCCUCCACCUAAGUACUAUUACUCAUCACCACCUCCUCCUCCAUAUGUCUACAAAUCACCACCGCCACCACCUUACGUGUACUCAUCCCCACCGCCACCUCCUUAUGUCUACAAGUCUCCACCUCCUCCAUCUCCACCACCUCCAUACGUCUACUCAUCUCCACCACCACCUCCCUAUGUUUACAAGUCUCCACCACCACCUCCUUAUGUCUACAAGUCCCCGCCACCACCUCCCUAUGUCUAUAAGUCUCCACCUCCUCCAUCCCCACCACCUCCCUACGUCUACUCCUCCCCACCACCACCCCCCUACGUAUACAAAUCCCCACCACCACCUCCUUACGUCUAUAAGUCUCCACCACCACCAUCUCCACCACCUCCAUAUGUCUACUCAUCCCCACCACCACCUCCUUACGUCUACAAGUCCCCACCACCGCCUCCCUAUGUCUACUCAUCUCCUCCACCACCUCCUUACGUCUACAAAUCCCCACCACCACCUCCCUACGUCUACUCCUCUCCACCACCACCUCCUUACGUCUAUAAGUCUCCACCUCCUCCAUCUCCACCACCUCCCUACGUCUACUCCUCCCCUCCACCACCUCCAUACAUCUACAAGUCACCACCACCGCCUCCUUACGUUUACAAAUCUCCACCACCACCUCCCUACGUCUACAAGUCUCCUCCGCCACCAUCACCGCCUCCACCUCACUACUACUACUACACUUCUCCUCCUCCCCCGAAAAUGGGUUACUAAGCAAAUAAGUUCUUAUUCUCUUUUCACGUUACGUAUAGCCAUACAAAUAAAGAGAAUGGCUGCAAAAAAUAAUAGUCUCAUAUUGGCGGCGCUUUUACAUGCGUUGAAUCCGAAGUUUAGGCGAAGCCGAUAUGAGAAUAGGAGAGCCCAACUUAUACGAUUCAAUUUCUUUGCAGCUUAACACACACAUAUAUAUAUAUAUACAUAUAUGUAUAUGCUUAAUUUUAUGAUUUAUGUAAUUGUUACCACGUCUCACGACGUUGCAUGUACUCUCUUGGAUAAUAUUUUCUCUUCCAUAUUAUUGAAUAAAAUUCCAACUUUCUUACGUAUAUCAAA